AUGGCUGCUCUGUGCUGUGCUGUGCUGUGCUGUGCUGUGCUGUGCUGUGCUGUGCUGUGCUGUGCUGUGCUGUGCUUGCAUUUACAUGUCAAAUGGAAUGGAUGGGGCAUUCGAUCAAAGGCUGACUCACGACUGAGCAUUGAUGACAUCGGCCUGCGUCGACGUUGGAUCCACCACCGACAGCAUGGCCGCAACUCCAAGGUCACGGUGCGCGUCCCAGCAACGACGGCCAAUCUGGGCAGUGGCUACGACUGCCUAGGCAUGGCUGUGGACAUUUGGAAUGAGCUCACCGUUGAGCUUGCCAGCGCGUUCUCGAUCCACAUUGAGGGGGAGGGGGCAGAUGUGCUGCCGCGCAAUGGCGAGAAUCUGGUGGAAGAAAUGCUGCAGGCUGCUGCCGAAAUUGAAGGACACAUUGACAACCUCUCCCCGUGCAUCUAUGGCAACCUCCAGAUUGGCGUCAACAAUGGUGAACGGUGGGACACGACUGGUAUCCCAGUACCUGCUGGCCUCCAGUGCGUAGUCCUCACGCCCAAUGUGCCCAUGUCUACCCACGAAGCUCGCGCCAUGUUGCCCGACAAGAUUUCUCGCGAGGACGCCAUCUUUAACAUUGGCCGCGCCGCUCUGCUCAUCAAUUGCAUCCUCACCCGUGAUUACGAAGCCUUGCGCGCAGCAACGGAAGAUCGACUCCAUCAGCCCGUUCGCGGAUCCGCCAAAGUCAUGCCUGCGCUUUAUCCCGUCAUUCAAGCUGCGCUUGACGCCGGGGCCAAAGGAGCAUUCUUGUCUGGUGCAGGCAGCAGUAUCAUGGCCCUGACUGUUGGCGCCCGCGGUGACGUAUACGCCCAGAGCACCCUGGAAAGACGUGACCGUCAAGUGGCGGAUGCCAUGCUUGCCGCCGCUCGUGCCAACGGUGUCGAUGGCACGGUCCGCAUCACGCGCCCGACGGCCGUGGGUGCCCACGUUGUCGCAGUCACCGAAACCAUCACGCGGCCAGGCUUGGCUGCCCAGGGCGAUUGCCCCAGCUACGUCAGCACGCGCGGUGGCCCUGCAAGUGCCGUGUCUUUUGAAGAGGCCGUGAUGGCUGGCCUGGCUCCAGACGGUGGUCUCUAUGUACCCAACCAGAUCCCAAAAGUCACCGAAGAGACCAUGCGCGCCUGGCGUCGACUCUCCUUUCCCAAACUUGCCGUCGAGGUGAUGGGGAAAUUUAUUGGUCAGAACGAGAUACCUGCGGGCACGCUUGAAGCCCUGGUACAGCGCUCCUACGCUACUUUUGACUCGGCGCACGUCACGCCUCUCAUUGAGAUAUUGACAAACAAAGUAGUAUCGCUGGCUCGAGUUUUGAUCGUCUCACAGUCGCUUCGGGCUGCUAUGCUCUCACAGUUCUCAGAGGAUGGCAGUGUGUACUUGCUCGAACAGUUUCACGGGCCCACCUGCGCUUUCAAGGACGUGGCGUUGCAAUUCGUAGGCAACCUUUUUGAGUAUUUUUUGUCACGUCGCAAUGCGCAGAGCGAGAAGCCCAAGCACAUCACUGUCCUUGGUGCCACCUCGGGGGAUACAGGCAGCGCCGCCAUAUUUGGCUUGCGAGGCAAGGCGAACGUGGAUGUAAUCAUUCUUCACCCCGAAGGCCGCGUUGCACCCAUCCAAGAGGCGCAAAUGACGACUGUCUUGGACGACAAUGUGCACAAUGUGGCCGUCAAGGGCACGUUUGAUGAUUGCCAGGCGAUGGUCAAGGAAUGCUUCAAUGACCCCGAAUUUCGUCAACGUCACACUCUGGCCGCGGUCAACAGCAUCAAUUGGGCUCGCAUCUUGGCACAGAUUGUGUACUACUUUUAUGCCUACUUUCGCUACUUGGACUUGUCGGAGAUUGAAGCAGCAGCCCUCCCCCCUGUGGCUUUCGUGACACCAACUGGCAACUUUGGCAACGCUCUAGCAGGCUUUUAUGCUUCACAAAUGGGCUUGCCCGUGUCGCGCCUUGUUGUCGCUACCAACCGCAAUGACAUCUUGUAUCGCUACUUUGCGCACGGCGACUACACGUCGCGUCCGGUGGAACCAUCAUUGGCACCGGCCAUGGACAUUGUGGUGCCCUCCAACUUUGAGCGUUACGUGUACUGGCUGCUGGAUGGUGACAGUGUUCGCUGUAAAGCCGUCAUGGAUAAGGUCAAGUUGACUGGGCGUCUUGACUUUGGAGCUGAUCAAGCCCGAUUGCUUCAACGAGCACAAGCCUUUUUUGGGGCUGCCCGUGCCUCUGACGAUGACAUCCAAGGCAUUGUGGCGACAUAUAAGAAGCAGCGCAGCUAUGCACUCUGUCCACAUUCAGCUGCUGGUCUUUUUGCUAUGGAACAUGGUGGUGCUGGUGGCGGCGGCGGUGUGUGUGUGUGUGUGUGUGUGUGUGUGUGUGUGUGUGUGUGUGUGUGUGUUAACGUGUGCCCAGAUUGCCUGACUGCUGGCUCGAUGCGUAGAUUUCGUGACCAGCUUGCAGGGCCCUUCAUCUGCUUGGCCACGGCCCAUCCAGCCAAGUUUGGCGAGGGCUUGGAGGAGGCACGCUCCAUGCAGCCACACUUGCCUCCACAACUUGAUGGCUUGACAACGCAGCCGCGUCGCUGCCACCACCUUGAGCACUCGCUGGAGGACCUGAAGGCAUUUGUACAUGAAACCAUGUCACGGCGCCACGCCGAGCUGGCCGAGCUUGAAUUGUUUUACAAUCAAAACGAGUUUUAUUCUUAUUGCCAUUCUGGAUCAAAGAAACCCGACCUCAGCGAACAAAAGAUCAGUACCGAUCGCCACUACAUCUCUGAAAUCCACUACCCCGACCCUCUAAAUUCAUCACAUCUGAUCCAGAGCCCGGCUCCUCCUCUGAAACCCGAUCGGCCAACACAAAGCGUGAUAUAUAUCACACUUUGCGUCUCUUGA